UGAAACUGAACCUGUGGAUGUGAACUGGAAACCUUAAAGAUGUUUCAAUAGAAACAUAUCAGAUUUUGGCCUGAUGAUCUUCUUCAAGCCAUCUGUUAGUUACCAGUCCAACUGAAAACGAUGGUGGGUGAUUCAGGUCAAGAAGCAGGUCACUGAGGAGGAAUCAAACCCACACUGUUGUUGGUACGCAGGCGUGAUGUUGGCGUGGUGCUGCCAGCUGCUCACCUGGGUGCUGCUCACCACUACAGUGAAGAGCCAGAGCUGGAGACCCUGUACAGAACUGCUGCCUCUUGACUUGCUGACCAGAGCCCUGCCACACCCAGGACAAGCCCCACCCACACAGGUGCAGAUUGUUCAGUCUAGAGGGUCCAGAGGCCUCCGAUUGGCCGGCGCUGCAGCGACAGCACUGAGUUUCCCUGCUUCCCAGAUCUUUGAAUACUCUCCUGCUGAGUUCUCAUUGGUUGCCACCAUGAAGAUAGCAAGACUGAGACCAAAGACAAAUGAGUACAUCCUCUCUGUGGUGGAGGAAGGAUCUGAUUCACUCUUGCUCGGGUUGCGUGUCUCUGAGAACCACCUCCACUUUCUGGUCACGCCCCCUGGUGUUGUUAGGCGGAGCCGACUGAGCUUUAAGGACAUUGGAUUAGAUGAUAACCACUGGCACACUGUGGUGCUGGCCGUUACUGGACCAUACGCCACUCUAACUGUCGACUGUGGACUUCCUCUGGAGCUUAAACAGGUCCAGUCCUUCCCUGCUACUCUGAGCACCAGAGGGUCCAGGUUCUUCAUUGGCAGCAGGAGGAGGUGGAGGGGACGCUUCUCUGGUUUACUGCGGCAGCUGGUUCUACUUCCUGGAUCAGAUGCCACACACAGACUGUGCCCAAUCUCUGACCCCAGUCUGGCUGAGCUGUCCGUCCCCCAGAUCCUGAAGUCCACCCUUCUACAUGCAGACCAGCAGGGACCAGUUUACCCGUACGAGGCUGAGGCCAGAGUGACUCUGGGAAAUCCUCCUGCAUGCUCGAGACCAGAACAAGGCCAGCUGUGGUUCAAUGCCCAGAGAAAAGGCCUGUUCAUCUGUGAUGGACUCGCAUGGCAGACGCUGCUGCAGAAGAAGGAGCGUCUGGAUUAUGUGGAGGAUUACCAGGACCUGUACACCAGCUCAGAGACCUUCAGCGUGGAGGUCUUCUCCAUCCCCUCUGAAGGCUUGUUUAUGGCUGCAGCCAACAGGGGCUCCCGGCCCGGUUCAGGGAUCUACAAAUGGAGAGACGGGUUGUUCCGGCUCCACCAGAACAUCAGCACUCAGGAGGCUCGAGCCUGGAAACAUUUCACCAUCGAAGACAAGAUUUUCCUGGUGGUGGCCAACUCCAGAGAGGUGGAGCCUGAGCUGUCUGUCAUCUACCGGUGGAAUUGGCGUCGGCGGCGUUUCCUUCGUUACCAGACACUGGAGACCUACGCUGCUCAGGACUGGGAGGCCUUCAACAUUUACAACCACAGCUUCCUGGUAGUAGCCAAUCACUGGCGAGCCAGAGACUCCAACCACAACAUCCAUAGUGUGAUCUACAGGUGGAACCCGAACACACAGCUGUUCGAGGUGAACCAGACCCUGUCCACAUCUGGAGCAUACGACUGGGAGUUCUUCACCAUCGGACCGUACCACUUUCUGGCAGUUGCCAACACCUUCGACGGUCGGACCACCAGCAUCAGCUCCACCGUCUACGUCUGGCUGGAUGGCUGUUUCCAGACUUUCCAGAACAUCCCGACAGUGGGAGCCACUGACUGGGAGAUGUUUCAGAUCGACGGCAGGUUCUUCCUCGCUGUCGCCAACAGUCAGAAGAUUUCAGACAGCGGCCCAAGUCUCUACAGCAUCAACUCCACUGUGUAUGAACUCAACACAUUCACACAGACCUUCAUCCGCUUUCAGGACGUCCUAACGCACAGUGCAGUAGACUGGGAGUUCUUCACCAUCGGGGAGGAGAGCUUCUUGGUGGUGGCCAACUCUCACGAUGGCAACUUGUACUCUCUGAACAGCGUCGUCUACAGGUGGCAGGGUUAUGAGGGAUUUGUUCCUGUCCACAGCCUGCUGACAUUCGGCUGCAGGGACUGGGAGCACUUCAGUACUGAUGAAGGCUCCUUCCUCAUCUACUCCAGCGCCACCUCCAGGCUCAGCAAGGUCUUCAAACUCAAAACCUACUGAAUGAAGUCCAUCCUUAAUACUUGCUGCAGGGGCCAGCUAUCAUCAUCACUGGCUGGUUUUUAGCCAGCAAAACAAAUUGUGAUCACAACCUACGUCCCUGCAUGUCACCCUUUACAGCCACAUUUUCUGUGAAGGUCUUCAGAGUUAAACCCUGAGAUAUGUCACACCUUCACCCUGUGGCAGAAUUCUAGUUCUGAUGAUCCUGUUCGAUCUAUGUGCUCUAACAAGUAUGUUUGUAGCAUUUUUACUAAGGCAGUUAAGCCACGUGCUGAUAAGAUGAUGCCCUCAGAGGGUCAAAGGCAAACUUUAUAAUGAGAAGAAACAGAAGGAAGGAUCACACAGCAUCUUGGGUGGCAUCCUAAAUCAUUAACAACUACACAAAGGUCCAGCUAAAAUUCAGGGUGGUGCUACCCUCCUGUUCAGGUGGGUGUUCAGUGCGGCUUCCACUUCCUGAGGGUAUCACUUGGUGAAUCCCAAUUCCCUUGAUUUAUCAUUCCUUGAUCUAUGGAUUUUUGCUCCCCCUGGUAGUUGUUCCAGUUUGCCAUGAUUAAAGACAUCCAAAAGCUCUUAUUUCUGCUCUGAGGACUGAGGAGGCUGCUGAGAAGUUAUAACCGAGGUUACACGAGUGCAAGCUUCACAGAAGCCUGUUACAGAUUGACACACCCCUUUAUAGGAAAUCAGUUUGUGAUCGGAUGCUUCACAUGAAAGUUCAGAGGAAAGGACGUGUCUCCUGGUUUCCUCUCUCCUUGAAGUUUCGCUGCAUCUUUUUCUUGUGUCUUUCAAGGGUGGGACUAAGACGGAAGAAAAAGACGUGAGUGAGCAAAAUGUGGAUGCGGUUAAAGGACCCGGGAUUCACCCAUUACCUCUGAUGUGCAUCCAGACAGUCUUGAGGAGGCGCAGUAAUUUGAACAUCGGUUGAAACAAUAACUUUAAACUUUUUAGAGACAUAUAAAUAA